AUGGCGUACACCCGCCCCAUAGCAAUUACCUUGCUCGCCGGCAUCGUGGUGACAGCUCACUUCUCCCUAGGCAAACAGGCCGAAAACAAUGGCACCUUCGCCAUAGCCGACGUCUUUACUUACACCACACGCACACUUCCCAACACUUCGAUUCCGAUCCGGAUACCUGAGACUGGCAUUGCAGCUGUGGACAAUUACUUCGCCUUCAUGGUCUCAUUCUUCUGGGCUACACUCGACACCAGAAAUGUCCGCGCUCACCUCCAAGGCCACCCACUCCUGGGCACGCUCUCUAGCACCUGGCUCUUGAUGCUAGGCGAGACGCACCGUGGCGGUAGAGGCGCGGCUUCUGUGUUUGGCACUUACUUCCUCGAGAUCAUGGGAGAGUUGCUAGGAAUUGGCAUGUUCACGGGAGUCUGGUGUAUCGUGCAUCUCAUCUCCACCUCCCGGCCCAAUGCAUCGAAGUCAGCGACUGGCAAGACGAACCUCACAGCCCUUGGCUGGGCUAUGUUGAUCGGCUACAUCGUUCCAACUCUUGGCAUGAUCCACUGCGCGCCCGACGGCUCGGGACUCGCCAGCCAACAACUCUGGACCAUCCUGCGUCUCUUCCACCCAAUCUUCGUCUUUACAUCCUACAUAGUGCUAUCCACCAUCGUUCCCUCCUCCUCAGCCUCCCAAGGCGCAUCAGGCCCACGCAAAUUCUACAUCUUCAGCAUCCUCGCCUCCGCCUUCUUCCACAUUUCAGCCGUGGGCAUACUACUGGCGCCAUACUUGACUCCCCUCUGGGUCAAAGACGAAGUCACCGCCGCUCUCAAUAUCUACGACUUCUACGUCCCAUAUCCGUAUUGGCUGGACGCGGUGCCGAGACAGGUGUCGUUUGAUCUUGGGGUUGCGACGUUUUUGCAGUGGGAUAAUCUUUGCUCGGCGAGUGCGAUUUGCGUGUGGGCGGCGGCUUUGUAUGUUGAGAGUGGAGGGAAAGGCAGGAUCGGGGCGUUUGUGCAGGCAGGUGGUGUCGCGUUGUUGGCGGGGCCGGGGGCUGCGGCGGCGUUUUUGAUGUUGGAGCGGGAUGCUGCUGUGGCGGCUCCUGUGGUUGAAGGAGGGAAGAAGCAGCGAUAA